AUGUAUGUCGAGUACAGCGGCGGCCUGGAACAAGACGAAGUUGGCGCAUACAUCUAUCGAUUACAUCUUUCCAUUGAUCACGCGCUGGCAGUCAGUUAUCGCCGUGAUCAGUAUUCGGGGAAUGCCAAGUUUGUAGCACGAAUCACUCUCGUCAAAGGGAUCCCGUUUUAUGGGUUCCAUGUCGGUUACAAGUUCUUCCUCAAGAUCUAUAUGUUCAACCCCAUUGUCAUGACACGCCUGGCAGAUCUUUUCCAACAGGGCGUCAUCAUGAAGCGGAAAUUUCAACCCUAUGAGGCCCAUCUCCAGUACUUGUUGCAAUUCAUGACCGACUUCAAUCUCUACGGGUGUGGGUUUCUCGAUGCUUCAACUGUUCACUUCAGAGCGCCCGUACCGCGUUAUACCGAGGAGGGGAACUCGCUACACUUGUGGCAUGACCAAUCAAUCCCGCCAGGGAGCAUCCUGGACGACUUCUACCUCCCGAGGGAUAUCACCAAUCGCAAAGUCAUCAAGGAACGUCUGCUACAUCACGACUUUAUUGAACGUGUCAAACCACUCCGCUCGGAUCUAAAACUGGUCAACAGCAGUAGCCCCUUUCCAGCUGAAGUCCUCGUAUCCAUGUCGGCAAAUGUUCGACAGACAGGACUUCCAGGCUGGAUACACGAGGAGGAGUACCGAGAGGACCUAGAAAGACUGAUCGAUGCAGAAAGAGACCAAGACGAUCAAAGCCAGCCCGGCUUUGAUACCUUUGUCGAAAAGCAUCCUUUGGCAAACUUGGUCAAGACUGCUUUGCAGUCAGUCGAAGAUUUAUUUCCAGCGAAUCUGAUGCCUGCGCUUGGUUUGGCGACAGAGAUCAUCGCCCCCGAUGAGGAUCCAGCCAGCAGCAUUGAUGUUGACGAGCAAAAGAUUAUCGACAAGGACUUGCUCGAUGCGAACGACUUCCCGAACGACUCUGACGAGGACUGGCUUCGGCCGUUCAAGGGCGUCUGCAUCAGUCGGCUGACAACUGGCAUCCCGCACGUCGUCCCUAUCCCAACAGAGCUGCUUGCGAUUGCGGAAGCCGACAACAUGCGUCCGAACCCCGGUCAUACCCUAUCCCAGCACAACACAGCUGCAAGAAAACAAGAGGACAAGCUUAAGGUUCUGCCGAAUGUUGCUUCCGUCCCCGAAACAAAGCUGCCGAGCAAGUGGUUGUCACCCACAUUCAUGAGUUCGAGUGGACCCAAUGGUCGACAGAUAUUACCGCCGGGGCGAGCCAGCCAUGCACUGGGUUUCCCGGUUGUCAAGAGCCAAGACGACCCAAAUACAAAGUUGCGUCUCAGUCAGAUCGACAAAGACAACUUCUCAUCUUCAGACUCGCCAGAAAAACACGUGUCGUUCAAUACAGCUGUUAUGUUAACAGGAGGGAACGGAUCAACAAUCCCGUUGGCUGGAAUGACCGAAGUUGGGAAAAUUGCACAGGAGGCUUCGAGCUCGUCAAACACAUCGUCCUGUGCUUUAAAUGCACUGCAGGCCGUUGCUGACGGAAAGGUCAUUCUUCUCAUUGGGUCUUUGCCGCCCUCGAAGGUGGAUGUUACCACAAGUCUCGGCGAUGACCACACACCGGACGUUAUUUAUCAAGAUGCGUACUACAGCAAUGAGUCGGAUGUCCCUCUGAAACCUCGAGAGUAUGCUGGCAAAGAAUUUCGUCUGGAGAGCAACACUCUACCUUACCUUCCGGAUUUUGAUCCUACACGUGUCUUGCAAGAUGGCGGCCGGUAUGAGGAAACGGACAACCCAGCGUUUGAUGAAGCUCUCGGCGAUGAGCAACGCGCAAUGUGCUCGUUUAGAGGCUGGGAAAUCGCCCAGCCUCCUCCCAGUUACAGAGAGGUGAAGAAAUGGUGGGAGACCAAGCAGACAAAACGGAAGUCAAAGUCAGAUGCCGCGCUCAAGUCAUUACAGAGCCCCAAAGUGAACCAUCAUUAUUCUCAGAUUGAUGGGCCUACACCACGAAACACUCACGGAUUCAGGUAUAACCAGAAGAAGAAGUCCAGUGGCAUCAAGCACGAGAUCCAGUAUAUGAGUACGAUGAGCUUGGAGGUGCAUGUCAACACGAGGGGUCAUCUUGUGCCUGAUCCGGAGCACGAUGAGGUCCAGUGCAUUUUCUGGUCAAUAAAAGCUGAUGGUUCGAUAAGCGUCAGUCAGGAAGCCGCCGGGGCCAUGAUCCAAGGCAUAGUCUUGCUUUCCUCUGAUGGGAGCUUGGCGGAGAGGGUACGACGGCAAACAUCUGUCGAGGUGGUCGAGGAGAUGGAAGAAUUAGACCUCUUUGUGCGGAUGGUGGAGAUUGUGCGAACUCAUGAUCCCGACAUCCUGACAGGAUACGAAGUUCACGGAAGCUCUUGGGGCUACCUCAUCGAACGAGCCCGCGUCAAGUACGACUACGAUCUCUGUGACGAAUUCUCUCGCAUGAAAAGCAACUCACACGGGAGAAUUGGCAAAGAAAACGAUCGCUGGGGCUUCAAUACUACGUCGACCAUUCGCGUUACUGGCAGACACAUGAUCAAUGUUUGGAGAGCCAUGCGCGGGGAGCUGAACCUGCUGCAGUACAGCAUGGAGAACGUCGUAUGGCAUCUAUUGCACCGGCGUAUACCUCACUAUUCGUGGAGCACUCUCACGAAGUGGUACAAGAGCGGCAUACAUCGCGACAUGAGCAAGCUGCUGCGUUACUAUCUGAGCCGUACACGGUUGGACAUCGACAUCAUUGAGGCGAAUGAGCUGAUUCCGCGUACCAGCGAACAAGCUCGGCUGCUCGGCGUGGACUUUUUCUCAGUCUUCUCUCGCGGCUCUCAGUACAAGGUUGAGUCCAUCAUGUUUCGUAUUGCGAAGCCCGAGAACUUCAUCCUUGUCUCUCCGAGCAGGCAGCAAGUGGGCGGUCAGAACGCGCUGGAGUGCUUGCCGCUAGUUAUGGAGCCGCAAAGCGCCUUCUACAGCAGCCCAGUGCUCGUCCUGGACUUUCAGAGUCUGUAUCCAAGUGUUAUGAUUGCAUAUAACCUGUGCUACUCCACGUUUCUUGGUCGUAUCACCAGCUGGAGGGGUAUGAACAAGAUGGGAUUCACUGAGUACAAAAGACAUCAACGACUCCUCGAGUUGCUGAAAGACCACAUCAACAUUACGCCCAAUGGCAUGAUGUACGCGAAGCCUGAGAUCCGCAAGUCUUUGCUAGCUAAGAUGCUUGGCGAGAUCCUCGAAACUCGAGUGAUGGUCAAGAGCGGGAUGAAGCAGGAUAAGGACGACAGGUCGUUGCAGCAGCUCCUCAACAACAGACAGCUGGCCCUCAAACUGUUGGCAAACGUCACAUACGGCUACACCUCGGCCUCCUUUUCCGGACGCAUGCCCUGCUCAGAGAUUGCGGACAGCAUCGUACAGACUGGACGAGAGACCCUUGAAAGAGCGAUAGCCUUCAUCCACUCACAAGAGCGGUGGAACGCUGAGGUGGUGUAUGGCGACACAGACAGCUUGUUCAUCCACCUUAGGGGCAGCACAAAAGAUCAGGCUUUCGACAUUGGCAACGAGAUUGCCAAGGAGAUUACCGACAUGAACCCGAGGCCCAUCAAACUCAAGUUCGAGAAGGUUUACCACCCGUGCGUCCUUCUCGCCAAGAAGCGUUACGUCGGCUACAAAUACGAGAGCAAGAGCCAGGUCAAGCCCGACUUCGACGCCAAAGGCAUCGAAACGGUGAGACGGGACGGCACCCCGGCCGAGCAGAAGAUUGAAGAGAAGGCCCUGAAGCUCCUUUUCGAGACAGCCGACCUGAGCCAGGUCAAGGCAUACUUUCAGGCGCAAUGCGAAAAGAUCAUGCGCGGCACCGUCUCCAUUCAGGACUUUUGCUUCGCCAAGGAAGUCAAGCUCGGCUCCUACAGCGACAAGGGCCCGCCGCCGCCGGGCGCCAUGAUCAGCACGAAGCGCAUGCUCGAAGACGCCCGCGCAGAGCCGCAGUACGGCGAGCGUGUGCCCUACGUCGUGGUCACGGGGGCGCCGGGCGCACGGCUGAUCGACCGCUGCGUCGCCCCCGAAACGCUCCUGCGCGACUCGCAGUCACAGCUGGACGCCGAGUACUACAUAUCGAAGAAUCUUAUCCCGCCGCUCGAGCGCAUCUUCAACCUCGUGGGCGCCAACGUUCGCCAGUGGUACGACGACAUGCCCAAGGUGCAGCGCGUGCGCCGCCUCGAGCAGCGAACGGGCGCAGCAACGCGCCUGGGUCAGGGCCUAGGGCAAGGCCAGGGCCAAGGGAUCAGCCGGAAAACUCUCGAGAGCUACAUGAAGUCGGCCUCGUGCAUCGUCUGCGACGUCAAGAUGGAGGUCGAGGGCACGCUCGGCGAUCGGGCCGCGUCUACGGCGUCCCGCCGAAGCAUCCUCUACGAGACUCGUCUCUGGCCUAGGAGAGGAGGGAAGUCCUCCCGUGGGACGUGGGCCCUAGCGCGCAGCCGUCUCCGCAGUAAUCCGAGAACUCGCAGCGGGGGGUAG